AUGCAUGAUCCGAAAGAUAAUCAUAUGGAUGAUCUUAAGCGGAUCAUUCGAUACAUACAAGGUACCCAUGGGCAUAGUUUGCAUCUUUAUCCUUCAUCUACUUCUACACUUAUAUCCUAUACAGAUGCUGAUUGGGGUGGUUGUCCCGAUAGAAGACGUUCAACGUUCGAAUAUUGUGUAUUUCUGGGUGAUAACUUGAUAUCUUGGUCAUCAAAACGCCAACCUACUCUUUCCAAGUCUAGUGCUGAGGCAGAGUACAAGGUUGUCGCCAAUGUGGUUUCUGAGUCAUGUUGGCUUAGUAAUUUAUUAUUGGAGUUACAUCGUCAAAUUAAAAAGGCAACCUUGGUAUAUUGUGAUAAUGUGAGUGCUAUUUACCUUUCGGGUAAUCCGGUACAUCAACGCACCAAGCAUAUUUAG